AUGCAGGUUCCAUUGCUUCGGCUGCAAUGCGGCGUCAAUAGCUACGACUGGGGCAAACUCGGUCAAGAAUCGUGCGCGGCCAAGUACGCAGCCACAACAGCGGCCCCGGAUUUCACAGUAGAGGCCGAGAAGCCAUAUGCCGAACUGUGGAUGGGCACGCAUCCUUCCCUCCCCUCCAAAGAUACCGAGACCCAGCGCACCCUCCUCGAUCUCGUCCAAGAUAACCAGGCCCUUUUGUCGACGGAUAUCAGCGAGCGAUAUGGUGGGCGAUUGCCAUUCUUGUUCAAGGUGCUUUCCAUUCGCAAGGCGCUCAGCAUCCAAGCCCAUCCCAACAAGAAGCUGGCCGAGAAGCUGCAUGCGAGAGACGCACGGAACUAUCCCGAUGACAACCACAAGCCGGAAAUGACCAUUGCCAUCACCCCGUUCGAAGGGCUGUGCGGAUUCCGUCCGCUGUCGGAGAUCACCUACUUCCUGCAGGCCGUGGAGCCUCUCCGCAGGCUGAUUGGAGACCAGAAAGCCAGUGAAUUUGAGCAGAUUGUCAAGGGCAACGAAGACUCGGAUGACUUGGAAGUUAUGCAGCGGAACAAGGAUGCGCUGCGCUCGAUCUUCACUUCGCUGAUGGAGUCUUCUCCCGAGAGCAUCGAGGCUGCCACCAAGGACCUGAUUGCGGCAGCUGAGAACACGCCAGCCAGCUUCGCUACUCUGCCCGAUGCCGCCGACGCAAACCACCUCCAACCGGCGGAGCUGGCCGCCAUUGUGACGAGACUCAAUGGCCAAUUCCCGAACGACAUUGGAUUGUUCGUCUUCUUCAUGCUCAACUUCGUCCGGUUGGCCCCCGGGGAAGCCAUGUUCCUCAAGGCGGAUGACAUCCACGCCUAUAUCUCGGGAGAUAUCAUCGAGUGCAUGGCCUCCUCCGACAAUGUCGUGCGAGCCGGGUUCACGCCCAAGUUCAAGGACGUGGACACGCUGACCCAAAUGCUGACUUACUCGUAUGCACCGAUCGAGGAGCAAAAGCUGGAGCCGAAGGACUACCCGUACACUAUCCUGAACGCCACGGCAUAUACGAGCGGCUCUUCAUCGAUCCUCUACGACCCGCCGAUCGAGGAGUUCAGCGUCGUCAAGACGGAUCUCAUCCGCACCGGCGCCAAGGCGACUUUUGACCCAAUCGGAGGUCCCAGCAUUUUGAUUUGCACGGCCGGUCGUGGCCGGAUUACGGUGGGCAACAAGACCGAAGAGAUCCAGGAGGGCUAUGUUUUCUUUGUGGGCGCCGAGGCAGAGUGUGUGAUCGAGAACACGGAGAGUGGUGGUGGAGAUGACAAUGUGUUCACCACGUUUAAGGCAUUCUGCGAGCUCACUGGUAAGGAGGACAUGGUCAAUGGGCAUUGA